AUGGUUGUGGUCACAUUCUUGCCAGUAGCAAAUAAUGAUAGCAUAGAGCUGAUCACUGUGAUCAGCGGCGCAGUCACCUGGGCCCAGCACCCUGUGAACAACAACGGAAUCAUCUCCUUCCUGAAGGAAGUUUCUCAGUUCACCCCAGUGGCCUUCCCCAUUGCCAAGGACCGCUGCGUGGUGGCAGCCUUCUGGGCAGAUGUGGACAACCGGCGUGCAGGCGAUGUGUACUACCGGGAGGCCACCGACCCAGCCACGCUGCGCCGAGCCACGGAGGAUGUCAGACACUACUUCCCCGAGCUCCUGGACUUCAAUGCCACCUGGGUUUUUGUUGCCACCUGGUACCGAGUGACCUUCUUUGGAGGCAGUUCCUCAUCCCCUGUCAACACAUUCCAGACUGUGCUCAUCACAGACGGCAAGCUCUCCUUCACCAUCUUCAACUAUGAGUCCAUCGUGUGGACCACAGGCACACACGCCAGCAGCGGGGGCAAUGCCACUGGCCUGGGGGGCAUUGCAGCCCAGGCUGGCUUCAAUGCGGGCGAUGGACAGCGUUACUUCAGUAUCCCCGGCUCGCGCACGGCAGACAUGGCCGAGGUGGAGACCACCACCAACGUGGGUGUGCCCGGGCGCUGGGCGUUCAGAAUCGAUGAUGCCCAGGUGCGCGUGGGGGGCUGCGGCCAUACAACCUCCGUGUGCCUGACCCUGCGCCCCUGCCUCAACGGUGGCAAGUGCAUCGACGACUGUGUCACGGGCAACCCCUCCUACACCUGCUCCUGCCUCUCGGGCUUCACGGGGCGGAGGUGCCACCUGGACGUGAACGAAUGUGCCUCCCAGCCCUGUCAGAACGGCGGGACCUGCACUCACGGCAUCAACAGCUUCCGCUGCCAGUGCCCGGCCGGCUUUGGGGGACCCACCUGUGAGACAGCCCAGUCCCCCUGUGACACCAAAGAAUGUCAAAAUGGUGGCCAGUGCCAGGUGGAGAACGGCUCUGCGGUGUGUGUGUGCCAGGCUGGAUACACUGGAGCAGCUUGCGAGACGGAUGUGGACGACUGCAGCCCUGACCCCUGCCUGAACGGAGGCUCUUGUGUUGACCUAGUGGGGAAUUACACCUGCUUGUGUGCAGAGCCCUUCAAGGGACUUCACUGUGAGACAGGAGACCACCCAGUGCCGGACGCCUGCCUCUCGGCCCCUUGCCACAAUGGGGGCACCUGUGUGGAUGCGGACCAGGGCUACGUGUGCGAGUGCCCCGAAGGCUUCAUGGGCCUGGACUGCAGGCAGAGAGUCCCCGAUGACUGUGAGUGCCGUAACGGAGGCAGAUGCCUGGGCGCCAACACCACCCUCUGCCAGUGCCCCCCGGGAUUCUUUGGGCUUCUCUGUGAAUUUGAAAUCACAGCCAUGCCCUGCAACAUGAACACACAGUGCCCAGACGGCGGCUACUGCAUGGAGCACGGUGGGAGCUACCUCUGCGUCUGCCACACCGACCACAAUGCCAGCCACUCCCUGCCAUCACCCUGCGACUCGGACCCCUGCUUCAACGGAGGCUCCUGCGAUGCCCAUGACGACUCCUACAUCUGCGAGUGCCCGCGCGGUUUCCACGGCAAGCACUGCGAGAAAGCCCGGCCACACCUAUGCAGCUCCGGGCCCUGCCGGAACGGGGGCACGUGCAAGGAGGCAGGCGGCGAGUACCACUGCAGCUGCCCCUACCGCUUCACCGGGAGGCACUGUGAGAUCGGGAAGCCAGACUCAUGCGCCUCUGGCCCCUGUCACAACGGCGGCACCUGCUUCCACUACAUUGGCAAAUACAAAUGUGACUGCCCCCCAGGCUUCUCCGGGCGGCACUGCGAGAUAGCCCCCUCCCCCUGCUUCCGGAGCCCGUGUGUGAAUGGGGGCACCUGCGAGGACCGAGGCACGGAUUUCUUCUGCCACUGCCAAGCGGGGUACACGGGACGCCGGUGCCAGGCAGAGGUGGACUGCGGCCCCCCAGAGGAGGUGAAGCACGCCACACUGCGCUUCAACGGCACGCGGCUGGGCGCGGUGGCCCUAUAUGCAUGUGACCGCGGCUACAGCCUGAGCGCCCCCAGCCGCAUCCGGGUCUGUCAGCCACAUGGUGUCUGGAGUGAGCCUCCGCAGUGCCUUGAAAUUGAUGAGUGCCGGUCUCAGCCGUGCCUGCAUGGGGGCUCUUGCCAGGACCACGUCGCUGGGUACCUGUGCCUCUGCAGCACAGGCUACGAGGGCACCCACUGCGAGCUGGAGAGGGAUGAGUGCCGAGCUCACCUCUGCAGAAAUGGAGGCUCCUGCAGGAACCUCCCGGGGGCCUAUGUCUGCCAGUGCCCUGCAGGCUUCGUUGGAGUCCACUGUGAGACAGAGGUGGACGCCUGCGACUCCAGCCCCUGCCAGCACGGAGGCCGGUGUGAGAGUGGCGGCGGGGCCUACCUGUGCGUCUGCCCAGAGGGCUUCUUCGGCUACCACUGCGAGACAGCGAGUGACCCCUGCUUCUCCAGCCCCUGUGGGGGCCGUGGCUACUGCCUGGCCAGCAACGGCUCCCACAGCUGCACCUGCAAAGUGGGCUACACGGGCAAGGACUGUGCCAAAGAGCUCUUCCCACCGACGGCCCUCAAGAUGGAGAGAGUGGAGGAGAGUGGGGUCUCCAUCUCCUGGAACCCGCCCGACGGCCCAGCCGCGAGGCAGAUGCUUGAUGGCUACGCGGUCACCUACGUCUCCUCCGAUGGCUCCUACCGGCGCACGGACUUUGUGGACAGGACCCGCUCCUCGCACCAGCUCCGGGCCCUGGCGGCCGGCAGGGCCUACAACAUCUCCGUCUUCUCAGUCAAGCGCAACACUAACAACAAGAAUGACAUCAGCAGGCCUGCCGUGCUGCUGGCCCGCACGCGACCCCGGCCUGUGGAAGGCUUCGAGGUCACCAAUGUGACGGCCAGCACCAUCUCGGUGCAGUGGGCCCUGCACAGGAUCCACCAUGCCACCGUCAGUGGGGUCCGCGUGUCCAUCCGCCACCCUGAGGCCCUCAGAGACCAGGCCACUGAUGUGGAAAGGAGUGUGGACAGGUUCACCUUUGGGGCUCUGCUGCCUGGGAGGAGGUACACCAUCCAGCUGACCACCCUCAGUGGGCUCAGGGGAGAGGAGCACCCCACGGAGAGCCUGGCCACCGCACCAACACACGUGUGGACCCGGCCCCUGCCUCCAGCAAACCUGACGGCCGCCCGAGUCACGGCCACCUCUGCCCACGUGGUCUGGGAUGCCCCGACUCCAGGCAGCUUGCUGGAGGCUUAUGUCAUCAAUGUGACCACCAGCCAGAGCACCAAGAGCCGCUACGUCCCCAAUGGGAAGCUGGCGUCCUACACAGUGCGUGACCUGCUUCCGGGACGGCGGUACCAGCUCUCCGUGACGGCCGUGCAGGGCACGGAGCUCGGGCCACUGCACAGCGAGCCCGCCCACCUCUACAUCAUCACCUCCCCCAGGGAUGGCGCUGACAGACGCUGGCACCAGGGAGGACACCACCCUCGGGUGCUCAGGAACAGACCGCCCCCGGUGCGCCUGCCGGAGCUGCGCCUGCUGAAUGACCACAGCGCCCCCGAGACCCCCACCCAGCCCCCCAGGUUCUCGGAGCUUGUGGACGGCAGAGGAAGAGUGAGCGCCAGGUUCGGCAGCUCACCCAGCAAAGCAGCCACCGUGAGAUCACAACCCACAGCCUCAGCGCAGCUCGAGCACACCGAGGAAGCCCCCAAGCAGGUCAGCCUGGCCCUCCAGCUCCCUGAACACGGCAACAAGGACCUUGGGAACGUCCCUGGGAACUGUUCAGAAAACUUCUGUCAGAACGGAGGCACCUGUGUGCCGGGCACGGACGCCCACAGCUGUGACUGCGGGCCAGGGUUCAAAGGCAGACGCUGCGAGCUCGCCUGUAUAAAGGUGUCCCGCCCCUGCACAAGGCUGUUCUCUGAGACAAAGUCCUUUCCAGUCUGGGAGGGAGGCAUCUGUCACCACGUGUAUAAAAGAGUCUACAGAGUUCACCAAGACAUCUGCUUCAAAGAGAGCUGUGAAAGCACAAGCCUCAAGAAGACCCCAAACAGGAAACAAAGUAAGAGUCAGACACUGGAGAAAUCUUAAGGAUUUAAGACGUUCUUGUUACACUCCACCAACCUCACGAGUUUCUAAAACCCAGGAAGAUGAGGUCUAAAAACUGGAUGAAAAAGGACACCCUGAGAGAAAAGGUCCUCGCUGGAGUCGGUCCCCUCUGGGACCUCUCUCCUCACGCCUCUAGAAGACAGAUGGCCAGGCCUGUGCACACACCAGCCCGCCCUGAGAGUCCCCUCUGGGACCAAUCACCUAUGAGUCCUGCGAUGCAUUAAGCAGCCUGUGCCCUCACCCAGGCUGCUGUUCCCGAAGGUGUGGUCUGUGCCUCUGCGGAUGGGAUGACAGCUGGCCAUUCCCCGGGAUCAGUGAGGCUGUCAGCCUUGCUUCUGCAGUAUUCGGAAACCUGUUCUUACACUCCAAAGCCAGAGAAAGAAUUCUGCCUUCGAGGCCUAAUAAAUUGAGAAGGAACCGUGAUGGACCACUUCCAAAACAGAGAUGGGGGGCAGUGGCCGAAGGGCAGAGACCAGGUGAUGCUGGGAGGAAAGCCGGGUUGCAGACACAGCCGCCCCUGCUCUGGUCCUUCAGCGUGUUUAUGAUGCUCGUGCAGGUCGACAAGCCAUCCUACGGACUAGGACAAUUCAGAAGAGGAAAUGGUAACACGAAGGUGGAGUUCAGACUCUCAGACAACAGCAGGGCUGGCAGCGUUUCUCUGUAAAGGGUCAGACAGUAAGUAUUUUCAGCUCUGCAGACCAGAGGUCCCUGCGGCUACAGCACAGACACAGCCACAGGCGUGGAAUUGAACGGCUGUGGCAAUGUUCCAAUAAAAACUUAUUUACAAUAACAGGUGGGGGCCAGAUGGGCCCAUGGGCCAUAUUUGGUGAACCCUGUUCUAUGAGAUCACCUAGGCUUCAGCCUUCAACAGUGGAAGCCAUCCCUGAAUGACAGGUCACAAGGGCAUCAAAGACCCCUGAAUUUUCAUGGAAAAAGCUAUCCAGACCCCUACUUGGAAAGCGGCACACUGCCGCGAAGCAGCAAGGACGUCUUACAAGUCUCAGUGCAACAGAGACAGACACCUGGGCUGGGCUGGACAAUGUUUAAAGUUCCUAUUAGUCCAUGACUCGAGUAAUACUGUUUUAGGCUAUCGGGUAGUAAACACGAUCUUAGACAUCCCCAUCUUCAGAAGCAGGACAGUGUGGCACCUCAGCACACCCGCUUCCCACCGUGCUGCAGAGCAGCUGUCUUCCCCUGAGAAUGUUUCAACCAGAGCAGCCGAUCGCACCUCCUCUCGUGUUGAGCCUCACGAUGGCUGACCCCGCGGGAAAGCCGGCGCCCUGCCGCACCGCCCUGAUUGCAGAGCCAGCAUUCCAGCCACAGAGGGCCUCCUUCCUUUCAUCUUUUAUAAAAAUGUGUUUUGAAGAGUUAGAGUAUAUUUUAGGCUUUUUAUCUUUAUUAAAAUUUCAUGUGCAUGUG